UCUAAGAUCUAAAGGAAACUACUUCGGUUGCCGCAAUGAAACUUCUAGGUGCUCUUGUAUUUUUGGCCAUCUGCUAUGAAAGCCAAUCGGCAGCAACUCGUUUCUGUGGCCAAAAUUUGGUUCAGAUUCUGGACGCUGUGUGUGUGGAUGGUUUCUAUGGCAUGCAGAUGAGUAAGAAAUCAUUCGGUAAACAAAUGAAUUACGGAUUAUUGGAUGUAAUUGGAUCAAAUGAAAUCGACAAUGAACCACACCCCAAAUCCAGUUCCCUGCUCAGUGAUAUGUUGUCUGGUGAGGGAUUUAAUGGCCUGGCAAAGACACGCAGACAACGCCACUUAAAUGGAGUCUAUGAUGAAUGCUGUCGAAAAGGUUGCACCUUGAAUGAAAUUGCGGGAUACUGUCUAUAAGUUAAUGUUUAUGCAAAAGUAUCUGAUUAAUCAAUUAUUUUCUGGCAUACUGACAAUUAAUUGAUA